AUGCGCUCCCUCAUUGCGCUGCUGGCCACGGCGGCCCUCGUGUCUGCCGGCCCAUUCCCCAGAGACGACCAGAGCGACCUGGGCUACGCCUUUCUCUUCCAGCGCGAUGGCUGCGACGGCACGCCCUGCGGCUCCGACAGCCAGUACUGCUGCGACAGCACCGAGCUGUGCACCACGCUGAGCGGAAACGUCGCCACGUGCUUGGGCGGCUACGGCGCAUACACGAGCACCUGGACCGAGACGAGGACCUUCACCACCACCUACUUCACCCACUGGGCGCCCGUGCCCACGCCCACCGCCGGCGUCAAUUGCGUGCCGCAGGACUCUCAACAGGCGGCCUGCGGGGCCAUUUGCUGCGCUGGGUGGCAGACGUGCGCCUUCCAGGGCCAGUGCUCGGCCAAGCCUGGCUACGCCGAGCCCACGCCCGUGGUGAUCGUCACCGACGGCCACACCACGACGCAGUACUCUGCUCCGUAUCGAGUCACCGGAACCACGACCAUUACUAGUGUUCAGACGGGCACCAACACGGGCGCCUCUGCAACUGCCACCGGCGAUGGAGAGGCCAUUGGCGCCGGCAGCAAGACGACCAACGGCAACGGUCUUAGCCCCGGUGCCAUUGCCGGUAUUGUGAUUGGAACUCUGGUCGGCGUGGCCCUGCUGCUGCUUCUCUGCUUCUGCUGCAUCGCGCGGGGUCUCUGGGCUGCCAUUUUCGGCAAGCGACGCUCCAACGACAGCAGCGUCCGCGAGGAGGAAGUCAUCGAGGAGCGCUACUCCAAGGGCGGCAGCCGCGCAGCCUCGGCCUCGGCCUACUCUCGCCGCGAUCGCCACGGCGGCUGGUUUGGCGGCAGCAGCCGUCCGGCCACCUCUACCGUCGUCACGGAUCGUCGUGAGAAGCGAAAGAGCAGCAGCGGAGGUUGCUGGAAGUGGCUUGGAAUUGGAGCCGUGGCUGCGACUCUCUUUACGCUGCUUAACCUCAAGAAGGAUAAGCGGCCAAACUCUCGCAAGUCGCCCUCGCGGUACAGCAAUUCUUACUACAGCUAUUCCGACUAUACUCAGAGCAACACACCGGUCAGCAAAGAUCGCGCAGCCGCCGCAGCAGAUCCAGUCGGGGCGGACGAUCACAGUCACAACGAUACGCCAAGCGGCCAUAGUCUUGCUGCUCUUCUGGCUGCGACGUCCUGUACAUGA